GCGGGGUGGGCGAAGAUGCCGCUGCCGGUUCAGGUGUUUAACUUGCAGCAGCCAGCCAGCUCUGUGUCAGGGUCGGGGGGUGCAGAGAGUCAGGACAGAAUGCGGGGUGGCCCGGCCCCCCGCGCGGCCGCGUCGUCAGUGGCAGAUGUGCACUGCGCCCCUCCCAGCGGUAGGUCAGAGCUCUUCCUGCCGGGCACGGCCGGGGACUUCAGCCUGAGCGCCAGCCUGUCGGCCUGUACGCUGCUUUAUGAGGGGGCCGUGGAGCCUAUGCAGAUUGAUGUGGACCCCCAGGAGGACCCGCAGAACGCUCCCGAUGUCAACUACGUUGUGGAGAACCCCACCCUGGAUCUGGAGCAGUACGCGGCCAGCUACAGUGGCCUGAUGCGCAUCGAACGACUGCAGUUCAUUGCUGACCACUGCCCCCCGCUGCGGGUGGAGGCCCUGAAGAUGGCCCUGUCCUUCGUCCAGAGGACCUUCAACGUGGACAUGUACGAGGAGAUCCACCGCAAGCUCCUGGAGGCUGCCAGGGAGCUGCAGAAUGCACCCGACGCCAUCCCUGAGAGCGGUGUGGAGCCCCCACCCUUGGACACGGCCUGGGUGGAGGCCACGCGGAAGAAGGCCUUGCUGAAGCUGGAGAAGCUGGACACAGAUCUGAAGAACUACAAGGGCAAUUCUAUCAAGGAGAGCAUCAGGCGUGGCCAUGACGACCUGGGUGACCACUAUCUGGACUGUGGGGACCUUAGCAACGCCCUCAAGUGUUACUCCCGGGCCCGGGACUACUGCACCAGCGCCAAGCACGUCAUUAACAUGUGCCUCAACGUCAUCAAGGUCAGCGUCUACUUGCAGAAUUGGUCUCACGUGCUGAGCUAUGUCAGCAAGGCAGAGUCCACCCCGGAAAUUGCCGAGCAGCGUGGGGAGCGUGACACCCAGACUCAGGCCAUCCUCACCAAGCUCAAGUGUGCAGCAGGCCUGGCUGAGUUGGCCGCACGCAAGUACAAGCAGGCUGCCAAGUGCUUCCUGCUGGCUUCCUUCGAUCACUGCGACUUCCCCGAGCUGCUCUCCCCCAGCAACGUGGCCGUGUAUGGUGGCCUGUGCGCCUUGGCCACCUUUGACCGGCAGGAGCUGCAGCGCAAUGUCAUCUCCAGCAGCUCCUUCAAGUUGUUCUUGGAGCUGGAGCCACAGGUUCGGGACAUUAUCUUCAAAUUCUAUGAGUCCAAGUAUGCCUCGUGCCUGAAGAUGCUGGACGAGAUGAAGGACAACCUGCUCCUAGACAUGUACCUGGCCCCCCACGUCAGGACCCUGUACACACAGAUUCGCAACCGGGCCCUCAUCCAGUAUUUCAGCCCCUAUGUGUCAGCUGACAUGCGCAAGAUGGCCACAGCCUUCAACACCACAGUGGCGGCACUGGAGGAUGAGCUGACGCAGCUCAUCCUGGAGGGGCUCAUCAACGCCCGCAUCGACUCCCACAGCAAGAUCCUAUAUGCCCGGGACGUGGAUCAGCGCAGCACCACCUUCGAGAAGUCUCUGCUGAUGGGCAAGGAGUUCCAGCGCCGUGCCAAAGCCAUGAUCCUGCGGGCGGCUGUGCUACGCAACCAGAUCCACGUCAAGUCCCCUCCCCGGGAAGGGAGCCAAGGAGAGCUGACGCCGGCCAACAGCCAGUCCCGGAUGAGCACCAACAUGUGAGGGCACCCUCGGCCUCCAGGAUGGUCUGCACACCUCCCACCCUGCCCCGCCCCCCACCCUCGGACUCCUGGGCCUCCCAUCUGCUCCAGCAGCACUUCCAGAGGUGUUGCCUGUGGCCCACUUGUAGGGGCCUGGCUGCUGGCUGAUGCUAGCCCUCGGCCCCCUGCCUGGGCUUCCAUGUGCCCAGAUUCUUGUGCCCCACCUCCCCCUUGCUGCACCCUGUGCUGGGGGGCUGGGGAGGGGGUGGGCUUUCCUGGAAGGAGAGGCCUGCUGGGCUCACCCACGUGGCGCUGGGGCCCCCACCCGGCAGCACUGUCUCCCAGCCUCCAUGUUGAUGUGUCAUUUGGGGUUGUAGCAUUAUUGAAUCUUAGUCCAUUAAAGGGCAGCCUGAGAACA